AUGUCAUACUUCCGGUUUAUGUUUUGAUUUCAUUUUCGAAAUGUAGUAUAUUUAAAAAGAAAUCCCCUUUACACAUAAUAUAUAUAGACUGUAGUAUGGUAUACAUGUAUGUGCUUAUACAGAGAUGAAUCAAGUACAAGUAACUUCUAAUUUACCUGGACAGCCUUCAAAUGUCCAGUAUCACAACACAACUCACCAGCAAGGACAGUUAGUGACUGGAAGUAGUUCUAUACCAGUUGGUGUGACAUCUUCAGCUACUACACCAGUGAUGACCUUAGGUCAGCCAGGUCUGGCAAUAAGACAGCCAAUACCUUCCUCAGGCCAAUCAAGCAUGGGUGUACAAGACACUAAAGUAUUAGAUAAAAGAAGAUUACAGGAGCUUGUUAAAGAGGUUGAUCCAAUGGAACAGCUGGAUGAUGAUGUAGAAGAGGUGUUAAUGCACAUAGCUGAUGAUUUUAUAGAAAAUGUUGUUGGUGCAGCAUGUAAGAUAGCUAAACACAGAAAAUCUAAUACAUUAGAGGUUAAAGAUGUACAGAUGCAUUUAGAGAGGAAUUGGAACAUAUAUGUGCCAGGAUACGGUUCAGAUGAGUUAAGGCCAUACAAGAAAGCAGCCACAACAGAAGCUCAUAAACAGAGGAUGGCAUUGAUUAAGAAAACACUCAAGAAAUUUUAAGUACAGAAAUUGCAUGUUUGACUAUUGGAUAUUGUGUAGUUAUGUAUCUUUUAUAUGGAAAAAUACAUUGUUUUGAGAAAAAAUGGAAACAUUUUUCAGUGUAAUGGAAAGCAUUUGACUUAGAAGAGCAUGUUACCUCAGCAUGCUUCUUGGAAUAGUUUAAAUGAAUCUGACAACAUCUUCUUUAUUCUUGUGAUUUAAUACUUGACAUUUAAACAAAAAAUUAUGAGAACUGCACUUUUUUUUAAUUCAGGAGAUUUCACAUUUUUCAUUUAACUUUUUACGUAAGAUUUAACAUUUCUAUCGACAAUAUAUCAUAAGAAAGCACCUUUUAAAUGUCUUGUGAAAGUAUUACAUCAUAUCACUAUAUAAUCAGUAUUUUAAGUCAUAAAGACCAUUUGGAGAAUAUUUAUGUAUAUGUUUUACAGUGGUUUAAAUGGAUUUAAAAACAGUAAGUUUGACAGGUUUAUAAUUUGCUGUAAAUUUUAAAGAGUGUAUUUUGUAAUCAUGGUAAACGUGGUCUGCUUCCAAAUGUUUAAAACUAAUUAGUGCAGGUCAUUCCUAGUGUUCCCACUUCUGGAGCAAUGACACAUUUUUAACAAACUUGGUUAUAACAUGUAGGAAACCUGUAGUCUGUAUACACAUACAGGUACACUAUUUUAAAUUAUAAUUGAAGUAAUAUCUGCUAUUGUUCUCUUUCUUACCUUUCCAUUAUUUCAUAAUUAGUAAAUGUGUUAAAUAUUCAUGUAUUUCAAUACAAAAUUUUAACUCUUUCCAGCUCAUUCCCAUUUUAGAACCUAUCUAAUUGAAUUAUAUGAGAAUGGUCUGUUAUGUGAUAUACAUAAUGUAUGCCAGACAGAAUAUAAGAAAAUAAACACUUUUUGAUAUAUAUUGUAUUUUGAAAUUAAGUUUUUACUAAGUUAUUUUAUAUUCCUUUAUACUUUCUGAAGUAUUAUUUUACAUCAAUACAUUUAAAGAACUUUUAGAGCAUGGCCAUAAUUUAAUGUAAAAUACUAUUUGUGUUUACUGACAAAAGGAGCAGCAUUCGUUUAUCCUUGAAAAAAUGCCAACACACAUACUGGUACCACUGAAUUUACCAUAUGUUUCAUAACUCGGAAAGUUAAAAAUAAGAUUAAGAAAAAUAUUUCUUACAUUAAAUGCUUAUUUUUAAAAAGCAAGGAAUAAAUUAAAUAUUUCCAUUUAAAGACUUCUUUUAAAACUUAUUCAAGCAAAGCACAAUAAAAUAAUGUCUCAUAGAUAAGAAUAGUGUGUAAUUGAAUUUUAAAAAACAAUUUGUGGUGCCUUUUUUUUUUUAAAGAGGAACAUUCUCAUGUUUUGUUGUUUUAUUGUUUUCAUAUAGGGGUGUUUUCACACCAUAUUGUGUUGUAUUAUGUGUUUGUAAAAUUAGUUUCUUGGUUUAAAGAUCUUGGCUUUAUGAAUGUUUGCUUUGGAAAUAUAAACAGAGCAAUUAAGUUACUUCUUCAAAUUAAUUGUAGAUCUUUAUAAUCUUAUAGGAGUUGAAUUUGUAAAGAUAACUCAAUCAAGUUUAUAUGAUAAAAAAGAAACCAUCUUGCUACAACUUUAAGAUGCUAGGCAACUUAACCCCAGUGGUAGCAGCUGUGGCAUUUAAAUACAACUUAAAACAAUUGCAGAGGAAAUAAAAGAAUAUUUGUAAGAUAUUACAUGUACUAUAUUGAUGUAAUUUCAUAUUCUUAUGAAAGGUGUAUAUGAAUAAUGAUAGUAAAUAUGUAGUUUGUUUUUUGAAAAACAUCUAAUAUUGAUGGAACUGUUUUGUUUGUUAGACUGUUUAAUAGUUUGAUCAUCAUUUAAAUCUGUGUACUUAUGAUAAUUUGCUAUACGAUU